AAUAGAACAGAAUUAUACAAGAGAGGGCUGGGUAGGAGCUGAGAAACUUAAAGAACAGGUAGAAGAAGAAGAUGGAAGAUGGCGAGGUCGAGGAGGGGAUGCUGGUCGAAGAAGAUGUGCACACAGAGGCUGAUUGCAAAGUGGAAAAGUCGCCAUGUGAAUUGCUUCAAAAGAGCAAGCGUUCGGUUGAGGACAUCGUUGCCAAAAUGCUUUCCAUUAAGAAAGAGGGAAACCCCAAAUCCGAGCUCAAAGAACUAGUCACUCAGAUGUUCAUACACUUUGUCACACUUCGCCAGGCAAAUCGUUCUAUCUUGCUCCAAGAGGAUCGUGUGAAAGCGGAGACAGAAAAUGCCAAGGCCCCAGUGGAUUUCACAACCCUGCAGCUUCACAAUCUAAUGUACGAAAAGGGUCACUAUAUUAAAGCCAUAAAAGCUUGCAAAAAUUUCAAAUCAAAAUACCCUAACAUUGAGCUCGUACCUGAGGAGGAGUUUUUUCGUGAUGCACCAGAAGAGAUACAAAAUUCUGUAUUGUCAAAUGAUCCUGCACACAAUCUCAUGUUGAAGAGGCUCGAUUUCGAACAUCUUCAGCGCAAAGUGCUAUGCACACUUCGCGAAAAACUUGAACAUCAGAAGAAAAGUCUUUCAGAGAUUAUUGCGAAUCGCCAAAAUUUCUUGUCUAGUCUCCCAUCACACCUCAAAUCUCUUAAGAAAGCUUCGUUGCCAGUACAAAACCAAUUAGGGGUGCUGCAUACAAAGAAACUGAAGCAGCACCACUCGGCAGAGUUGAUUCCACCUCCUCUCUAUGUGCUUUACUCACAGUUCUUGGCCCAGAAAGAAGCAUUCGGUGAACAAAUUGAUCUGGAGAUACUUGGAAGCGUGAAGGAUGCACAAACUUUAACUCACCAACAAGCUAAUGUAGACACUGGAAUUUCUACUAAUCUGGAGAGUUCCAGAAUGGAGGAUGGAGCAGCUGAUGAGGAAGAAGAUGGCCAGAGAAGGAGUAAACGGACGAGGAGGAUUCCAGCCAAGGACAACCUGGAACAGGCAGGAUAUCAAGUUCACCCCCUAAAAGUGGUGCUUCAUGUAUAUGAUGAUGACGUCUCUGAUCCCAAGUCUGCAAAACUUAUCACCAUUAAGUUUGAGUAUUUGUUGAAGUUGAACAUUGUAUGUGUUGGAAUAGAAGGAUCCCAUGAAGGACCUGAGAAUAACAUUUUGUGCAACUUAUUCCCUGAUGACACCGGCCUUGAGCUUCCACACCAGUCAGCCAAGCUUCUUGUUGGUGAUUCUCUUGUAUUUGAUGAAAAUAGAACUUCUCGUCCAUAUAAAUGGGCCCAGCACUUAGCAGGAAUUGAUUUAUUGCCUGAGCUAUCACCUUUGCUUACUCGACAUGGAACUCCAAGCAGUGAUGUUGCAAAAAGUGAUGCAGUCAUAUCUGACCUUUCUAUAUACCGCCAGCAGAAUCAUGUGUUGACUGUAGUUCAAAGAAUUCGAUCUCGGAAAAAGGGUCAACUGGCCCUUGUGUGAGUCAUUGCUUUUUAUCUUAGAGUCAACGAAUCGAUGACAUUGUAGAAAAUCAGUAGGAAAUGGUACCACAUGUGACCAAACCUGAAUCUUAUAGUUUGAAUUUUGAAAUUUGUUUUAAUUAUGUGGUCAUGCUAAUGGAACUCCUUUGUCAAUGGCAGCUUUUCCCCUUUCUGCUGUAUCUUAAAACUGCUUUGUACCUGACUAGUGUUUUUGGUUUUUAAUUGAGAAAGUUUUCUUA